AUGCAAUCAACAACUUUACGACCCAUUCUCCGCAUCACAACCAAUUCAGCUGUUCUCCGAUCUCUCUCCACUACCCCAAGAAUUAUGGCUGCCGGUGAUAUUGCUUCAGGAAAGGCGGGGGCUGAGAAGGACUCUUUCGCCAGACGCGAGGCUGCACAGGAAGCCAUGUACAUUCGAGAAAAAGAAAUGGAAAAGCUUGCGCGCCUCAAGGCAAAGAUCCAGGAGCAGCGCAAACAUAUGGAUGAACUUGACAAACACAUUGACGAAUAUACCAAGGGCCAGGGAGGCGAACAGAACUAG